AUCAAGCAUUUAUGGAAAAGAAGGUUCCAUGAUAAUUUGAAUUGUUCUGGAAAGUCAUCUCAUCGCAAACUUAUCUCUCUCUUUUCAUCUGAAACAAUAGACAACAUCUUCAUAUUAUGCGUUGUAGCUUCUAACCUAUUGUCGCAUACAGUACUACCACGUAGUCAAAACCCCAAAACGCCAAACAGAUCCUCCUUUUCUUACUUGACCCAUUCAUAGUUUUAGAACAAAAAUACUAUAAUAAUCGCAAUUAUGCAUAAACACCCAAUGUUUAGUUGUCAACAUGUCAUGUUUCUACCGAGUGGGACCCACAUCUCUCGAGUGCCCCACGGGAUUUGAAGGACUCGCUGGCAUCGCUGAUCAUGAAGUAAACGACAGCCAAACACUGCCUUUCCUUUUUAUUAUAGCGCUAACACAACACCUAAACGACACCGUUCAUACCCAACUCAACACAGGCACAUGUAAAACUUUCCCCUGAAUCUUCUUCUUCUUCAUAAUCUGAAAAACACAAAAACACUGUGUGGAUCUAUAAUUUCAUCAUCCGAUUAACGUUAAUCUUUCAAACUUUCCGAUUUUAAUUACUUUAGAUGCGAUGUCAUCCACGUCUUCCUCCACGCCACAUUACAGUUCUUUCCCCUCGCCCUCAUCGUCAUCCACCGCCACUCAUCCUUACUUUAUCACACGCGCUGCCACAUCCGCACGCCCCGCUUUUGCCACGCGCAGGCCAUGGGAAGAGGUAUUCGCGCUCUACUCUUUCACGCCUCCCCACUCCAUCAACGAAGCCACCAUGCGCGUGAAGCGCAACCUCAACCACUUCCGCGUGAACUACUUCAUGAUGGUGCUGUUUGUUCUCUUUCUCAGCCUCCUCUGGCACCCGCUCUCGAUAAUCGUGUUUUUGGUGGCGCUGGUCGCUUGGUUCUUUCUCUACUUCUUCCGGGACGAGCCGGUGGUGGUGUUCGGCUCCUCGGUGGAUGAUAGGACGGUGGCGGCUGUCCUUGCGGCAGCGACUGUCGUGGCCUUGGUGUUCACCGGCGUGUGGGUGAACGUGGUGGUUUCGAUUGUCGUCGGGAUUGCGCUGGUGGUAUUGCACGCUGGUUUUAGGAGCAGUGAAGAUUUAUACAUGGAUGAACACGAGGGUUACGACGGUGGGUUACUUUCGGUGGUUGGGGGUACCCCUACAAAACGAACGGGAGGGUACACUUAGUAGUAUCUAGGUCACUCUUACGUACAUUUAUUUUAUGGAAACAUCAUUACCUUAAAUACUAUACCAUGUUUUUUGUUUUGACUUUUGAGCAUUUGGUACAGUGAAAUGAAUGUUCACGCAUUUUUUAACCGAGCCAGUUUAUGUUAUGGAUUCUUUCUGGCUCUUCUUUUGCUUAAUUGGUUUAAUGUAUUUUACUUGGACGGGUUUGUAAAGUUUAGUCAAGGUUAUUUUGUUGUAUGAUUUUGAUAUGCUCUUGCAUUGUAUUAGGCCAUUCAUGUUGUUGGGUAAAACUUCUUUUUAUAAGUUGAAAAUGUACAUGCCUAGAACAUCUGGAUGACACGUUGUAGCUUGGUGUCUAGUUUUUUGAGUAAAACAAUAAGAGGUAUUGCUAGACCCAUCAAUAAUGGUAUGCCUAGAACAUGUUUCUGUAAGAAAGAUUGCUGAUUUUGCAAGUACUUGAAAUGGUAGCAGAAGUGGAAGUUUUUUUGCUUUGGGAAAAGCGAUUCGUACCCACAAACAUGUCCUUAAUAAUAAUGUUGCAAAUGGAUAGAGAAAGUUAUAGGGAAAUUAAAUUGUGGAGAGAAAGGGUGAGGUUUUAUUUUGUUUUGAGAUGUGAUUUGUGGAUUAUGAGUGGCAUGUGUUGUUAUACACCUUGUAAUAGCGUUGUCUUUUGGAUCCCCCAUGUGGGUAGGGUUUUCAAACAACAACGCAAAAACAGAACCACGGAACGCCGAUGCUUUUGAGAUUUUGGAAUCUGUUACUCUCGAUA